AGUUUCUCAUUGUUCUGCAGAAAAAAGGGAGAAAUUAGCCAAUGCCUCGCAGACUGUCGAAGCCCUGAAAUAUUACUUUCGGCAAGGAGGAGGCAUCGGUGCUGAGACCCAUGCAGCGGGGCUUCCAUAGUUGGUAUGUUUGUUCACCGUAAAUGGAAAAGAAAAAAUAGAAAUAUCAAUUGGUAAUGACUGAGAAAUAAUAUCACACCUGAGAGAGAAAAAAAAAAGAUUCCAGUAAGAGAAGCGAAAUCUUUAUGAAUUAAUCAUAGCUUAUUAAUAAUGAGAGCUGCAGAGAUUCGGAUGACGGUUUCCAUUGGCAGAUGAGACGUAGUGUGGAGAACACGUGUCCAAUUUUUCCCUCAUAUUUUUUCUUCCCUGAUCUGGAUUUCUCACUUGUCACGGCGAGAAAGGAAAACGUAAAAAAGCGAGUAUUGUGAGUGGCAUUAUUGCGCUGCCUCUGAUGGACAUCUUGGCUUGCAGAUCCGAAGAGAACAGUUAUAACAUCCUCCCUUCUGCGGCGACGAUGCUCUUCCAUGGCCUCCCUGGAGGCGACGUGCACGGUGUGGUGGAAGAAAUGGACCGGAGAGGAAAGAGCGAGUCAGCAGCCAUCAGCUCAGCCAUCGAUAUGGGGGAAUCAGAGACGUCCAUGCCGUGUAUGAACAACGAACGCGUGGCUCUGUGCGCGGGCUGCGGCAGGAAGAUCGCGGACCGGUACUACCUGCUGGCCGUGGACAAACAGUGGCACAUGCGCUGCCUCAAGUGCUGCGAGUGCAAACUCAACCUGGAGUCUGAGCUCACCUGCUUCAGCAAGGACGGCAGCAUCUACUGCAAAGAGGACUACUACAGAAGAUUUUCGGUGCAGAGAUGCGCUCGGUGCCACCUGGGGAUCUCAGCCUCGGAGAUGGUGAUGCGGGCCCGGGACCUGGUCUACCACCUCAACUGCUUCACCUGCACCACCUGCAGCAAGAUGCUGACCACCGGGGACCAUUUCGGCAUGAAGGACAGUCUGGUGUACUGUCGGCUGCACUUUGAGACUCUCAUCCAGGGAGAAUACCAGACACACUUUAACCACGCGGACGUGGUCCCGCAUAAAGGCCUGGGCCCGGCCAACACGCUCGGACUAUCCUACUUCAACGGCGUGGGCACAGUGCAGAAAGGCCGGCCAAGGAAGAGGAAGAGUCCGGGGCCGGGAGCCGAGCUGGCGGCUUAUAAUGCGGCAGCUCUGAGCUGCAACGAGAACGACGGCGAGUCCAUGGACCGGGACUCCCAGUACAGCUCCAGUCAGAAGACCAAGCGCAUGCGGACGUCCUUUAAGCACCACCAGCUCAGGACCAUGAAGUCCUACUUCGCCAUCAACCACAACCCAGACGCCAAGGACCUCAAGCAGCUCGCCCAGAAGACCGGCCUCACCAAGCGGGUCCUACAGGUCUGGUUCCAAAACGCUCGGGCUAAGUUCAGGAGGAACCUUCUGCGGCAGGAGAGCACGGGGGUGGACAAGGCGUCCGACGGCUCCACGCUGCAGGGCGGGACGCCGUCAGGCCCCGUAUCAGAGAUCUCCAACGCCUCCAUGAGCCCCUCCAGCACCCCCACAACCCUGACAGACUUGACCAACCCCACCAUGCCCACCGUCACCUCUGUGCUCAGCUCAGUGCCGGGUGGCAUGGACGUCCACGAGUGCCGGAGCCCCUCACAGACCACGCUGACCAGCCUCUUCUGAUGGAUGAACCCUCCCCUGCCCCUGCCCCUGCCCCUGAACCUCUGCUCCACCUCCUGGAUCUUAAACUGAGCACUGUUGACUCCUUCAAACAUUAAAUGGAUUAGUAAAGAGAAGGUAAUGGAAAAAAAGAAUCUCUCUGAGCCCAUUAGAGACUAUUUGCAUAGUGAGGCGGCCGAGCCUUACAGAAGGAACCAUUGUUGUUAUUUUGAUGUUGUUGUCUUGUCGAGAACUGAGGAGACUUGAUUUGCAUUUUUCAAUGUUUACAGGAAGAGACUGCGGAGGGAAAAAAACUGCUUAAUUUGGGGAAAUUUGUUUUUUCCAGCACAGUAUUUAUGUUGUUGUACAAGAGUCACUGUUAGAAGGAUUGUAAAAAAUUCCUUUUUUGAAAAAUCUGAGAUUAAACACAGGUUAAAAUAU